AUGAUAACAUGUCUUUUGGAAGAUCUCCUUGGUAUUAAAAUAGUUAUUACCGGUGAUGAUUUAACAAAAGGUAAAUAUCGUUCAAUUAUUAUAUUAAAUCAUCGAACAAGACUUGAUUGGAUGUAUAUAUGGAUGUUACAUAGUCGAUUUCAACUUCUUGAACAACUUAAAAUUGUUAUGAAAGCUUCACUUAAACAUGUACCAGGAAUAGGUUGGGCAUGUCAACAUGCUGGUUAUCUUUUUCUUCAACGUGAUUGGGAAAAGGAUCAACAAAGAAUAAAAAAUAUUAUUGGAUAUUAUAAAUCAUGCCAAUCACCACUUUCCGUAUGUAUAUUAUUAAUAUUUUUACAUUGAGUAUAGUGUAUACAUUAAGGAAGUAGGACAAAGAUUCAAAUAAUUGCUAUAGCGAUCUUAUCUAGAUUAUUAGAUUAAAUUCAUUUAAAAAAUUUCCGACUUUAUUUUUUUCUAGAUUUCUAGAUCAAUAUGAGAAAUAAUGGUAGUUACGCGUUAGUGUGUAGAAUUUUUUUUUUUGGGAUGCAAAAAUGCUUUUAAUUUGCAUUUAUUGUAUUUAGAACGUUGAUUUAUACUAUAUUUGCAUGUAAAUAUUAGAAAAUUAGAUUUGAUUUUAUCAUUAGUGGAUCAUCCUAUUGUAAAAAUGCAUGUAAUUCUAUUAUCCUAAUGUUUUGUUAAUAACUUCUUAUAUUAAUAUUUCUUGACAAUGUAAUUUCAUUAGUUGAAAAAUUAACUUGAUCUCA